AUGAGGAGUUUUGUUUGGGCCGAGAUCGGGAAUGGUUUAUCGGCUUCAGCUUGGUUCGACUCGUGGAGCAAUAUAGGUCCGUUGUUUCAAUUUUUUACUCCGAGACAAAUUGCAAAUGCGGGUUUCAGUUUGGAUGCCAAGGUGGCUGAUUUAUGGUUAAAUUCUUCGUGGGGUUGGCCGAUUGAAUGGAGACAUCGUCUCCCGGCUCUUAAUCAGAUUGAUACUCGAUCUAUUCAGCCGGCUAAGGAAGACAAGUUUUUGUGGCGUCAAGGGGAUCACCUUCAUGAGUUUUCAACGGCUCGGGCUUGGGAUUCCUUUAGACAUCGAGAGGUGGAGGUAGAGUGGUGCCGUAUUGUUUGGUUCAGUCAAUGCAUCCCUCGCCAUGCGUUCUUAAUGUGGCUUAUUAUGAGACGUAAGUUACUCACUCAAGAUAAGAUUUUAAGCUGGGAUAUCUCGCGGAGAAAAAACAUGAACAUGAUGUGCUGUUUGCUUUGUUACGCAAAUCAUGAUUCACAUAACCACCUGUUCUUCGAGUGUAAAUUCUCGGAUCAGGUUUGGCACAAAGUCAGACAUAAAGCGGGUAUGGAGUCGGUUGCUUCUAAGUGGGAUGACAUUGUUAAUUGGCUUGUAACUCGGUCCAUGUCGAAAUCAGCUGGAAGCUAUGUUGCGAAAUUAUUGGUAGCCGCCACUGCGUAUCUCAUUUGGCAAGAACGUAAUGCGAGGUUAUUCAAGAAUGAGUUGAGACCACCAGAAGCUAUUAUUGAUCUUAUUUUCCAACAGGUCCGAUAUAAAUUGAUGGGAGCGAAGCUAAAGAAUUGUGAAAAUGUUCGAAGGCUUCUUGGCGAAUGGGGAAUCAUUGGAGCUAAACUUCAUGAAGAUGGUGGCUGA